AUCCGUUACCGGACCGGUAGAGGGGAGGGGUCCUGAUUGUCCCUGCGUCGCGGAACAGGGCUGGCAGUCACGUGACUGGCAGCGGCCGGCGCCUCGAGCGAGGAGGGGGCUGCAGGGGGAGGGGAAGCCCGGACUCCCCUCGGCCAGGCAGGCCCCCGCCGCCAUGGGCAGUGAGUAUCGGGCGGAGAAGCGGGAUCCGACGGGCGGCGACAGAGGAGGCUGGGGGAAGGGGCGAUCGGGGCCACGGACACCAGUUAAAUUUUUAGAAGUUAUUAAGCCUUUCUGUGCAGUUUUACCUGAAAUCCAGAAGCCUGAAAGAAAGAUCCAGUUCAGAGAGAAAGUACUAUGGACAGCUAUUACACUAUUCAUUUUCUUAGUGUGCUGUCAGAUACCUUUGUUUGGAAUCAUGUCAUCAGACUCUGCAGAUCCUUUCUAUUGGAUGAGAGUAAUUCUUGCAUCAAACAGAGGGACUUUGAUGGAGUUGGGUAUCUCGCCCAUUGUGACAUCUGGUUUGAUCAUGCAGCUGUUAGCUGGUGCCAAGAUCAUUGAAGUUGGUGAUACACCAAAAGACAGAGCUCUUUUCAAUGGAGCCCAGAAAUUGUUCGGGAUGAUAAUUACCAUUGGGCAGGCCAUUGUGUACGUCAUGACUGGGAUGUAUGGAGAUCCUGCUGAAAUGGGUGCUGGAAUUUGUCUCCUUAUCAUAAUUCAGUUGUUUGUUGCUGGUUUGAUUGUGCUGCUGUUAGAUGAGCUGCUGCAGAAGGGUUACGGCUUGGGGUCUGGUAUUUCCCUCUUUAUUGCUACCAACAUCUGUGAAACCAUUGUCUGGAAGGCCUUUAGUCCCACUACCAUUAACACUGGCAGAGGAACAGAGUUUGAAGGUGCAGUGAUUGCAUUAUUCCAUCUUCUGGCUACACGAACUGACAAAGUCCGUGCUUUGCGGGAGGCUUUCUACAGACAAAACUUGCCCAAUCUCAUGAAUCUGAUUGCUACCGUCUUUGUGUUUGCUGUGGUCAUAUAUUUUCAGGGGUUUCGUGUUGAUUUACCUAUCAAGUCUGCCCGAUACCGUGGACAGUACAGUAGCUAUCCCAUCAAGCUCUUCUAUACCUCCAACAUUCCCAUCAUUCUUCAGUCUGCCUUAGUUUCAAACCUCUAUGUUAUUUCCCAGAUGUUGUCUGUUCGGUUUAGUGGCAACUUCUUAGUAAACUUACUAGGACAGUGGGCAGAUGUCAGUGGUGGUGGCCCUGCUCGCUCUUACCCAGUUGGUGGUCUCUGCUAUUACCUAUCUCCCCCAGAAUCCAUGGGUGCUAUAUUUGAGGAUCCUGUCCAUGUAAUUGUUUAUAUCAUUUUUAUGUUGGGAUCCUGUGCGUUCUUCUCCAAGACAUGGAUUGAGGUGUCUGGUUCAUCAGCAAAAGAUGUUGCUAAGCAACUGAAAGAACAGCAAAUGGUGAUGAGAGGCCACAGGGAUACAUCGAUGGUUCAUGAGCUUAAUAGGUACAUCCCUACAGCAGCUGCAUUUGGUGGCUUGUGUAUUGGUGCCCUCUCAGUAUUAGCAGACUUUCUUGGAGCCAUUGGAUCAGGCACUGGCAUCCUGCUUGCAGUCACCAUUAUUUAUCAGUAUUUUGAAAUAUUUGUAAAAGAACAGGCUGAAGUUGGAGGAGUGGGUGCUUUAUUUUUCUAAAUGUCCAAAUAUUUCACGAUUUGCUUGAAAGGGAAAGUAUUUUGACAACAUGCCUCACAUCAGUCCAAUAAUGCUGUCGUCUUUUUCUUUGUUUUCAAGUGCUAAGUCCCAUUAUCGUAAUGGGCACUGAGCAAUGCCUGUGUGCAGCAUCAGUACCAGCUGCCUUAAGAAUAAAGUUUACAUUAUCUUGUUUAAAUAGAUCUAGUGUUGCCUGUAAUGCUGGAAAUAAAUGCAUCUACUUUGCUAUUCAGACACUACAGUGAGAUGGUAAAAUGUAAGAGUUUGAUUAUUAGUAAACAUUUUGCACACAGCGUGAAGAUCUUAAAUUGAUUUCCCCAUUUUUAGUCAGAAAAAAAUACCAGAGUGUAGAUUGCCACAUGCCAAUAUUCUUGAGCUUAUUCAAUAAGUUCUUGACAGAAUUUGUAUGUAAUCUAUAUUUUACAUGAAUUACUUUUUAUACUUUUUUACGUGCAUUUCCCCAUGGUUGUGCUUCAGUAUUCCCUCUUCAUUUGUAUUGUCUCCACUUGGUCACCAAACUCCUCGUCAUGAGGGUGGACAAAUGUUUUACCUGAGAUUGCUACUCCUCUCACCGGUGAAUUGGUUCUGCUGUGGGGGAUGCUGUAUGUGCAAGGCCCAUAGAGCACUUCCAUUCUCAGCCCUGGGCUUCCCGCAUGGUAGGUGCAGUCAUGCCACCAGGUUGGCCUAUACCUUUUGUAUUUAACAUGUACUUGUGAAAACUGCCACUGAAACUUCAUGUCCACUUUGCUUUUGUGAUUCUGAAGGACAGAGGCCUGCUUCCUAAAGCAUUGUUCGGAGUGGGGAGAUGGGGGAAAUAAGCAAUUCCUGUUGAAAAAUUAUUUAUGUUGUCGUACUUUACAACAGCAAUGUAACUAGUAUAAACAUUAGACAAUAAACUUAUUUAAUUAAA